CAUAAUUCACAGAAAAACAGACAGACAGACAGACAGACACAGAGAUGGAAGAACAGGAUGUGGUGAUAGUGGGAGGAGGUAUAGCAGGUUUGGCAACAGCGGUAGCUUUGAAGAGAGUAGGGGUUGGAGCGUUGGUGUUAGAGAAAUCCGAAGGGUUAAGAGCGACAGGCACAUCCUUGGGUCUUGCCCCAAAUGCUUGGCUUGCCCUUCAUGCCCUCGGCGUAGGCUCCAAGCUCACCGCUACUUCUACCCCCCUCACUAAGUUGAAGAUAACAAAUCUUGGUACUGGAGCAAUUCAAGAGGCCUAUUUCCCUGCCAAUUCUUUCAAGGGUCAACAUGGAGUUAGAGUAGUACAUCGUAAAGCCUUACUGGAAGCUCUGGCAGAAGAAGUGCCAAUUGACUCCAUCCGUUUCUCUUCUAAGCUCAAGUCCAUUGAAAACCAAACACAAGAAGGUUCAUCCUUUGCUAUCAUUCAUAUGGAGGAUGGAGCUAGCAUCAAAGCAAAGGCUCUUAUAGGCUGUGAUGGGGUACACUCGGUUGUGGCACGUUGGUUAGGACUCAGUGCGCCUGUCAACUCCGGCCGCUGGGCAGUCCGUGGAUUGGCUGUAUUUCCCGAUGGCCAUGGAUUGAGCUAUGAAUUCCAACAAUUUGUAACAAUCGGCAAAAGGGCUGGUUUCGCUCCUCUCAAUGAUAAGGAGAUCUACUGGUUUCUCGUCUGCAAAUUUUCCUCAAAAGGAGAAGAUCACAUCGCACAUGACCCCGAGAUGAUAAAAAGAGAAGUUACUGACAAUCUUGCAAAGGAUUUUCCCCCAUUGUACUUGAGGGUUGUACAGCAUUCAGAUAUCUCUACUCUUACAUGGGCUCCACUGAUGUUUAGGUUUCCAUGGGACCUGAUAUUCGGAAACUUGAGCAAAGGGAAUGUUACGGUGGCAGGUGAUGCCAUGCAUCCUAUGACACCAGACCUAGGACAAGGUGGUUGCGCUGCAUUGGAAGAUGCCGUUGUUUUAGGUAGACACAUUGGAAACUCAAUUAUCCGAAACAAAAGACUUGUUGCUGGAGAUCCAUUGGCUGGAGCCUUGGAAAGAUAUACCAAGGAAAGGAGGUGGCGUGCCGCUACCUUGAUCACGGGCUCGUAUCUAUCAGGGUGGGUACAACAAGAUGGAUCUGGAUGGUGGAUGAAAUUCUUCAGGGAUGUGAUUUUCUAUAGGCUUCUCUUCACUAGAAUAUUUAAUUUUAUACAGUAUGAUUGUGGGGAGCUGCCCUGUGUUUCAUCAAAUUAUUGUUCUGAAUUGGAGAACCGAAGUAAGAGCGAGUAGACAGAAUCCCAGCUUGUUGGGCUAUUUGUCCUAUGGUCUGCUUGUUAAAGUCUUUUUUUUUUUUUGCAAGUUACUAAAGAUAUAUUAAAACAUAAAGAGUCUGAUAGAUAAUUGGAGUUCCAGAAACUAAAGAAACUACUUAGAUAGAGGUGGGCCUUUCCAAUGUGGAAUUGCGGUAAGGAUGUUGGAAUUUGGAUUAAGGGGAUGUUUCCGAAAGUUUGCGUUGCCGCUGCCCAUUGCGCUAGGUUAUGCGCGCAUCGAUUUUUUGAUCGAUGAAUUUUUCUUACUAUCCAUUCUUUGAAUGAGUUUAAAUGGUGUCUGAUGUCAUUUAUGAUGAAACUCAAAAUCCAUUCUUGAACAGGAGAGGAAUUUGAAAUUGCUUAGAUGGUCACUUUUGAAUCUCCUUCUAGCACUAUUUUUUCCACCUUUAGUCUUUUAGCUUCCUUGAUGGCCAUAAGAGCUGCAGUUGC